UGUCUGUGCGGCCGCAACGGUCCAGACUCCAUAUUAAAUUCACGUUCGUUCGCACUUAGCAAAUCAAUGAAAAUAUUUAUUGAGAUAUAUUUAGUGAUAGUAAUAAACUAACGACAGAAAUAUGGAAGCCUCCAGAUUAGAUUCAGAAUUACCACACAAAAUGGCACAUUUAGAUAUCAUGGAAAUUGGAGAAGCUAGCGUUCAAAACGUGGUAACUGAAUCGAGUUCACGUUUAUUGAGAAAAAGAAAGUCUAUAGUCCCUGAGCCAAGCAAAUCCACAAAUCGCAGGGUCAGCAUGAAACCGAGGAAACACAACUUGUCUGAAACUGCUAAUCCCAAACAAAUUGAGGCAUUGUAUCUCAAUAAAAAAAUCAAAACAAUAACACAAACCUUAGAGACAAUUUAUGAAGAACCCAAGUCAAGUAGUACAGACUCUGAACCAUUUAUUGGGAAUCGAAAAGUUAAAAGACUGUUGUCAUUCCCAAUAGGCAGCCAUUAUACUAAAGAAAAAAUAAAGAAACGCAGAGCUAAAAUCAAGAAGCUUCUGGGCAACAAAUCAUUUCUAAACAGAAAGAAAAUACCUAUGAAUGUUUUUUUGAAAACUAUUGAAUGUUUGGAGUUAGAUGAAGUGGUUCACUGUGAGAGUAAAACUGAGAAUAAUGUCUCAGUUUGACAUAGUAAUACUUUGUAUUUGAGCCAGUAAUCAUUACAGUAGAGCCUUGGUAAUUUGAACUAUAUGAAGUGUAUGAAACAACAUCUUAUCAUUUAGUGAAAGGUGGUGUUAUUAUAAAUUGCAAAUGGUUAAUUUUCCUGAAAUUGGUUUUAGUUUGAAUUUCCAUCAACACCUGAAUAAAUGAACCAUUUAUGAAUCAUGUAUGAGAGGGAGGUGCUAAUAGCAGUUCAUAUUACAGCUGUGUUAGACUGGGUAUGGCUUUAUUGAGGCUCUAAUGUAUUAUAUUUUACUCUUGCCUGUUCAGUA